GGGUCAAUAUCAAAGAAGAAAAGAUAAAAAAGAAUUAAAUAUUCGACUUUCCUUUACUCUCUUACCUGCAUAGCUAACUCUACUACAGAUUAUGAAUUUAUGGCAAGUGCCCACAAAACCACAAGGGAAGUACAAGAUUUGAGUGUGAAUGCAAUGAGUUUGUAGGGGGAAAAACAAGAAAUUGGAGGAAGCCAAAAAGUAGCAUUUGGAGUUCAAAAUGCUGAGAUUCCAUUAUGGUUUCUUCUUCCUUUGCUUCUGCGUGGGUCUUCAGCUUGUCUGCUCUCGCCGUGAGCCAUAUGUAAUGCGAAUAAGCUGUGGAGCUCGACAUGAUGUUCAUACUGCCCCUACAAAUACCCGCUGGUAUAAGGAUUUUGCAUAUACAGGAGGGAUACCUACCAAUGGAACUCGCCCAAGUUUCCUUACGCCUCCACUCACUACGCUGCGGUAUUUCCCUUUAUCGGAGGGACCCGAGAAUUGUUAUAAUAUCAACAGAGUGCCCCAUGGCCACUACUCAGUGAGAAUAUUCUUUGGAUUGGUUAAAGAACCAAGCUUUGAUGACGAACCACUGUUUGAUGUUUCUGUGGAAGGCACCUUGGUUUAUUCUUUGCCAUCUGGUUGGAGCAAUCAUGACGAUGAACGAGCAUUUGUUGAAACAGUUGUUUUUCUUGAUGAUGGUACUGCCUCUCUUUGCUUCCACAGCACGGGUCAUGGAGAUCCUGCUAUACUUGCAAUUGAAAUUCUCCAAGUAGAUGGCAAAGCAUACUAUUUUGGUCCUGACUUUGGUGAAGGGACAAUUAUUAGAACUGUGAAAAGACUCAGCUGUGGUGCUCAGACUUCAAGGUUUGAUGUUGACUACAGUGGGGAUCACUGGGGUGGAGAUCGUUUCUGGAGUUCAAUCAAGACCUUCGGUCAGAAUUCUGAUCGCCCCAUUUCUACCAAGAACAGUACAAAAUUAGCUUCCAAAGCACCAAACUUCUAUCCAGAAGCACUUUACCAAACUGCUCUUCUUAGUACUGACAAUGAGCCAGAAUUAACAUACACAAUGGAUGUUGAUCCCAAUAAACAUUACUCUGUUUGGUUACACUUUGCGGAAAUUGAUCCUUCAGUUACAGCCGUGGGACAGAGGGUCAUGGACAUCUCUAUCAAUGGUGACACUAAAUUUCAAGAUGUUGACAUUGUGAAGAUGGCUGGGGGUGUUAACAGUGCCGUUGUGCUGAAUACAACAGUUGUAGUCAGUGGAAGGACCUUGACAAUCACAUUGCAUCCAACAAAUGGGACUCAUGCCAUAAUUAGUGCCAUUGAAAUUUUUGAGAUUAUAAUUGCUGAAUCUAAGACAUUACCCGACGAAGUCAAGGGUUUGCAGUCUCUAAAGAAUGCACUUGGACUUCCCCUUCGACUUGGAUGGAAUGGUGAUCCAUGUGUGCCCCAACAACAUCCCUGGAAUGGAGCAGAUUGUCAAUUGGACAAAGCUAGCAAUAAAUGGGUCAUCGAUGGGCUUGGCUUGGACAACCAAGGUUUAAGGGGUUUCUUACCAAAUGAAAUAUCUCGAUUGCGUCAUCUUCAGAGCAUAAAUCUAAGUGGAAACAGCAUUCACGGGGCUAUUCCCGUGGCAUUAGGAACGAUAACUAGUCUGCAGACAUUGGAUCUCUCUUUCAAUUUCUUCAAUGGAUCAAUUCCUGAAAGCCUUGGGCAAUUGACCUCAUUACGAACACUGAAUCUCAAUGGCAACUCACUCUCUGGAAGGGUUCCUGCUGCAUUAGGUGGAAGGCUCUUGCACAGAGCUAGCUUCAAUUUCACUGAUAAUGCAGGCAUUUGUGGUAUUCCGGGAUUACCAACAUGUGGAACCCAUCUUACGGUUGGAGCAAAAAUUGGGAUUGCCUUAGGGGCAUGUGCAGCUAUCCUCCUUAUUGCUACCUGCAUAACAUGCUGGUGGAAGAGACGACAGAACAUCCUCCGAGCUCAGAGGAUUGCUGCGAGAGACGCUCCUUAUGCGAAGUCAAGGACCAGUUUCAAUCGAGAUGUACAAAUGUCAAGAAGCCAUAGUCACGAACAUACUCGAACAGCUGCUGAGAAUGGACCUCCCUUGCUUACCUGACUGAUCAGUAAACAAGAUUGCCAGAUGCAAUGCUACCGAAGAUUGUUUUUGUGACUGGAAAGAUGUGAAUACUGAUCAUAGAAGAUAGUUCAAAUGGUUUUGCAUUUAAUACGUAUAUCUUAUCAUCAGAUACGUAUUUACAGAUUUGGAGGAAUAGAAAGAACGUUGUAUAUUGCUCACACUUUCUAUAGUUUUGAUUAAAGACACCAUGUAGCAUAUAACUGUUAAUUUGAUAAAUUGAAGAUGAAAAUGCCUUUUUUGUCCUAGUAAU